AUGGGGGUUGGUGUUGCUGGGUCAGGCCCCGCCGGCUCCAUUGUCAGCCCGGUGCCGGCGGGGGGGACACAGAGGGGCUCCAAAGCCAUCCCAGGGUGCUCUGAGGAGGAAAGAGCCAGCCUGUGCCAGGAAGGCAACCAGAGCUUGAGGUGGAGCUCUGAGCUGGUGGUCCCUGAUCAGCCUCCCAGCAGGGAGAAGCCCUUCAGAUGCCUGGAAUGUGGGAAGAGCUUCAGUCAGAGCUCUCACGUGCUCCGACACCAGGACAUGCACACUGGGGCACGUCCCUACACGUGUGGAGAAUGUGGGAAGAGCUUCAGCCAGAACUACCACCUCCGCACCCACCAGCGCAUCCACAGUGGGGAACGGCCCUACAAGUGUGAGGAAUGUGGGAAGAGCUUCAGCCGGAGGUACCACCCCAGCACCCACCAGCGCAUCCACAGUGGGGAACGGCCGUACACAUGUGAGGAAUGUGGGAAGAGCUUCAACCGGAGCUUUCACCUUCGUUCCCACCAGCACAUCCACACUGGAGAAUGUCCUUACACGUGUAGGGAAUGUGGGAAGAGCUUCAGUCACAGCUCCACCCUCCGCAAACACCAUCGCAUCCACACUGGGGAACGGCCCUACAAGUGCUUGGAAUGUGGGAAGAGGUUUCCAACCAGGGGGAAUCUCUACACGCAUGAGCGGACGCACACGGAUGAGAGGCCCUUCUGCUGCACCGACUGCGGGAAACGGUUCAAGGAGAAAUCCCAUCUUGUCACCCACCGGCGCAUCCACACCGGGGAGAGGCCCUACAAGUGUGGGGAGUGUGGGAAGAGAUUCACCCAGAUCGGUGUCUUGACCAAACACCAACGGACCCACCAGUAAGGGAAGCCCUACCAGUGCCCCGACUGCGGGAAGAGCUUCGGCCGCUGCUUCCAGCCCGAAUGAAGCCCCUGAUGGGGAGGCAACCCCUGGAGUCCAGUGACUGUCAGUCCAUCCCUUUCCACCACAAAGGGCCAGUCCCCUUUCACAGGGGCAGCUUCUUCCAACAGAACCUUUCUUGUGGGGUGUGUCGAGAUUCCUGCCUUGGCUGGGGACCCCCCAAGGUCAGUUCUGGAGGUUGAGAGCAGAGAUCUCCCCACGAGCGUUGGUCUGGGGGAUUUCCAUCCAUCUCUAAUUAAGAAUUAUUGCUUUUGUGCCAGCUGGAGUAGAAUUGCUUCAACAAUUGCUUUAGUGUAGAGCACUGUCCUAUCUUAUCCUGUACUCCUGGUAGUUUUAGUGUUUGUAUUGUGCAGUAAAUAAUUCUGAUGAA